GUCGGAGGCGGUCGGGGCCGGUCCUCCCCAGCCGCCUGUGGCCGCCCGGCCUUCGGCCAUGAGUGUCGCCCCCUCGGGCCCCUCGGCCUCUUUCUUGGCCGAACUGGAGCGGCACAGGGAGGCCCUGAGCAAGGCCCUGCAGGGAGGCCGCGGGGAGGCCCCCCCGCCCCCUUCUCGUUCUGAGGUUCUUGCAUCUAUAGAAAAUAUAAUUCAAGGAGUCAUCAAAAGUCUGGCAAGAAACGAAGCACCAGUCCUAAUCCUGGAAAACAGAUCAAGUUGGGGAAAUAUAAAGUUUGAAGAUUCUGUAGGUUUACAGAUGGUAUCGCACUGUUCCACAAGAAAAGUGAAAAGUGAUUCAGCAAUAACAGCCCAAAAAUUUGCUCUCAUUCUGAAAAUGUUGUCUGUGGUCUAUAAAUUAGUACAGAGCAACACUUAUGCAACCAAAAGAGAUAUUUACUAUACUAAUAUCCAACUAUUUGGUAACCAGAGUGUUGUGGACAAUAUAAUCAGUGACAUUUCCUGUAUGCUAAAAGUACCUAGAAGAAAUCUUCAUAUUCUGUCUACAUCAAAGGGUUUAAUUAGUGGUAAUUUAAGUUACACUGAAGAAGAUGGUACCAAAGUGAACUGUACCUGCAGUUCCACAGCAGUUGCAGUGUCACCUAAUAUUCAUGGAAUUAGAAAUUUGAUUACAGAUGCUAAAUAUAUACUAAUCGUAGAAAAAGAUGCCACAUUUCAGCGACUCCUGGAUGAUAACUUUUGUCAUAAAAUGUCUCCGUGCAUAAUGAUUACGGGGAAAGGGGUCCCGGAUCUGAACACCAGACUGAUGAUCAAGAAACUGUGGGAUACAUUUCACAUUCCGGUUUUCACUCUUGUGGAUGCAGAUCCACAUGGCAUAGAAAUAAUGUGCAUCUACAAGUAUGGAUCUUUGUCCAUGUCUUUUGAAGCUCAUAAUCUCACAGUCCCAGCUAUUAGAUGGCUUGGUCUCCUACCAUCUGAUAUUGAAAGAUUAAAUAUACCCAAAGAUACUUUAAUUCCACUGACUAAGCAUGACCAGACGAAGCUUGAUAGCCUACAGAAGAGACCGUAUAUUGACCACCAGCCAUUCUGGAAAAAAGAAAUGGAGAUUAUGGCAGCAUCUAGAAUGAAGGCAGAAAUUCAAGUUUUGACCUCUCUUGCUCCAGAUUAUCUUUCAAGAGUGUACUUGCUUAAUAAACUAAAAUUCGGAGGAUGGAUUUAAAAAUAUUUCAGAAUUGGGAAAUAUAUUGUAUUGUUAUAAGUUAAAACCUAAUAGGCAUCUUUGUUCUUGAAAUUCAUUUUGUUUGCUCUUAACCUCUGUUUUAUAAGACAUGCCAAAUGAAUCCUUAUAUUAAGUUCUUUUUGAAAUAAGGCAAUUGUUGAACUUGUUUUGGAUUUUUUCAGUGUCAAAGAACGCAGAGAAAACUGAAUUCACCUUUUACAGAUCUCAUGUUGAAAUGUGAAAUACGGGUCCAUUUCCUUUGUCAACAAAAUAAGGCUCUUAAAUUUUUCAGCGCAGAUUAAAAAAAAAUUAGUGAGCCAGACUAUGGAAGAAUUCAGGUCACGAGAACAGCCUCAGUAAGACACAUUAAAUUUUCUUAAUUAAGGGCUGUUUUUCGAUAACAGACGUCUGUAAAAGAUAAAGCCUUUAAGGCUUGGUGGGCCCUGCCAUUUGAUCGCAGUUCCCAGAUUCCUGUGUAUUGUCAUUAUAAAAAAAGGGCAGGAAGUGAGUGAAUAAAUUGCUGUACCCCCCAGCUCCCUCCCGCCGUACAGAAUUAGUGACCUCAAGAUCUAAGGUGAUCGUACAUCCUGAUUUUGAUAGGAUGAUCCUGAAACUUCCAGGUCUAUUCUACCAUCUUUUUAGGGUUGUCAAAACAUGCUCAUGUUUCAAAAAAUCUGAAAACCGUCUGAGAUGUGUGCACACAGCCGAUAGAAGGAAUGUGGAGGGACGAGGGGAUCGGGGAAGGCAGGAAGUAGGUUGCAAUUAACUGUCUGUUCUGCAGGUCUGGGCCUCUGGUGGCUGCAGCCACAGUCCAGAGCAAAGGCCUGCAGAUCUAGCCAUAGUUGAUUCAAGGCUGUCUGUAUCCGUUGCCACCUGAGAAUAAGCAGGAGCUGCUUGAUCUCAAUUGGCUUGUCCUGGGUUGUAUCACCACUUCUGCCCGGCGGCUCCAAUUGCAACCCUGCUUGGGGUAGGUUUACCCGGGACCUGUGCCACAAUCGUCUACUGGUCCAUUCCAGGCCCGGUCUCUGUUGGGCAGAAGCAGCGGGGAAAACACCAGCAUCAGAGCUUCACUGGAGCACUUAGAUUAGCGUCCCGCCCACGGUAAGCACUCGGUAAAUACCUCCGACUCUGUGAGUGCUGCUCCGCAUAGGAAGUUGAGAGGGUUGGAGCCCUUCUUAACCAGAACAGUUGCCUGGAAGGAUGAGGAGCCUGAGGACUGUUGCCUCUAAACUCUUUUCACAACCUAUUUUGAUGUUCUUAAUCUGGACUGUUUCACCUUUAAUCUGCUCUUAUUUGCAAUUUAUUGUUGGAUUAUAUUUAUAUUGUUCUACAUGUCUGUCUUCACCCGCUUGGACUGUGGACCCCUUGUGAAGCCAGGACCCGGAAGCCAGUCCUGUAUUGCUUCUCUGGACAUUAGUCCAGUGUUUGGUAUGGUAUUUGGUCCACAGUUAAGCCCUCAAUAAAUUCUAAUAAAAAUUACAGUUUCUAGGCAA